UGUAAUUUUGUAGAUUACUCGCAAGAGCUCUCUCUGGAUCCGAUCCGAGUAAAUGACCAUUUCUUCUUCUCUGAGUGCCCUCCCAUUUUCUGUCGCCUCAUCGCGCUCUUCUUCUCUCGCUAUCGGUCGCCCUUCUACUCAGCGUUAUCAUCGGCGCCGGCCAUUCACAAUAGCAACUCCGUUCGCGCAUUCUGCUGCCUCCGAUUCCCGCUCGGACAUGGAUGGGUGUGCCGCUUCAAGUCUAUAUCCUUUGCAUCGUUCUAAAACGUUGCACCUGGUGCGGCAUGCACAGGGAAUUCAUAAUGUGGAAGGUGAAAAGGAUUUUAAAGCGUAUUUGUCUCCAGAGCUUUUUGAUGCUCACCUCACGCCUCUUGGUUGGAAUCAGGUUGAUAAUCUACGGAAGCAUGUUAAUGCAUGUGGGCUUGCUAAGAAGAUUGAAUUAGUCAUCACUUCUCCUCUCUUAAGGACAAUGCAGACAGCUGUGGGGGUUUUUGGAGGUGAAAGCUAUGUGGAUGGAGUGAAUGCUCUUCCCCUCAUGGUAGAAAAUGCUGGGAACAGUAAUCAUUCUGCAAUUUCAAGUCUCAAUUGCCCACCAUUUAUUGCUGUGGAAAACUGCCGAGAACACUUGGGUGUUCAUCCAUGUGAUAAACGGCGUAAUAUAAGUGAGUACAAGCUGCUUUUCCCUGGACUUGAUUUCUCACUGAUUGAAAAUGAUGAAGAUAUUCUAUGGGAAGCUGAUAUACGAGAAGCAAAUGAAGCAGUCGCUGCCAGGGGAGUGAAGUUCAUCAACUGGUUGUGGACUCGAAAAGAGAAGGAGAUUGCCAUCGUUACCCACAGUGGUUUCUUAUAUCACACCUUGCAGAUGUUUGGAAAUGAUUGUCAUCCUUCCAUUAAAAAUGAAAUCAGCAAACAUUUUGCCAACUGUGAGCUCCGAUCAAUGGUGCUGGUUGAUAGAAGUAUGCAAGGGACGGAUACCUCCGUCAGUAAUUAUCCUGGAAAAAACCCCCAAGGGCUUGAUCUUCCAAGUGACGUAGCUCAUGAGAAGCACCCUGAAAAAAAAGGAGUCUGUUGAUGAUGGUGCUGUAUGUGACAGCAGAGCUACCGGAGUUGGAGUUGGAGUUGGAGUCGGAGUCAACUCUUUGCUUGGGGCGUGCAUUCAAUCGUUUAGUUAAGAUUUUCUUACCACCAAAAUAUUUCAGGUAAUUACUUUUUUAACCAUCGACUGAAAUUUUUAAUUAAAUAGUAGCUUGAGGUAACAGAAUGUUUUGGUUGGUCCUGAUAAAUUGGUUGAUUUUGUCUUUUGUCGAAAUAUUAUAUGACUCGUUAAAAACGUGAAUCUAUCGAACAAUGACUACAUGGAUAUUUUUAAAUAUUUUAUUCCAUAACGCUUUUAAAUCA